CCGCGCCUCUGGGCGGCUCAGCGCGGGAGCGGCCGCGGCCCGUGAGGCCUCUCCUCGCCCCUCAGAGUGGGCCGCGCUCUGCGAGUGGUUCGGUGUGCGUGUCUGUGUGUUUGCGGUGGUACCGGCUUGUCUGUGGUGCUUGUCCUCAAAUCAUGCCUUAGUCUCCCAAUUCCCCUUAAAGUCAGAACACCGCGUAAAGCUGGCAAACCUGAAAAUAAUCUCUCCCAGCAACUACCUUUUAAUAAUCCGUCUGGAGACUUCGGCCAGCUGAGGGAUGGAGGUGCCCCUGGAGUUGGCUUUGCAAUUCAAGAAGAUUUUCUCCCAGCAAGAGUGGAUGAAGGCACGGAAAAGGCAAUUUCUUUCUAAGGUGUAACUGCUACUGAAGGAGGGUUUUAAAGGAGGUCUGAUGACAACAAAAGGGAACUUUCCUGUAACAGCAGGAUCUAUAGUUGUCCCUUACGGGCACGUGAUUGGAAAUGAGAAGUGGAGAGGCUCAGAGGUAGCCCAAAGGCUACAAGGGAAAGUUAGACUCAUCUUUGAAGGUGGCUUGGGACUGGUGGACUUUCAUCUUUCAAACAGAACUUGCAUUCUAUUUAUUUCUGAAGCAGAUUUGGUUGCAGGGGAUGAAUUCAAACGAAGAUUGGUUAGGUUUAGAAAGGCCAGCAGUCUUAGGGGAAUUGUAAUUGUAGAGAAAACCCAAAUCAGUGAUCAGUACUACUUAGGAGUACAAAAAUUUGUUGUACUUGAACUUGGAAUGGUGUUGCUUCCUGUGGCAAAUCAAGGAGAAGCUUCUCAGCUUAUUAUUCAACUAGUGCGAGAGCAGAGCAGGGAUCACGGCGCUAACCCCUUCCUUCGCAAGCAGCGUGCUCAGCUGGCAGAACCGGCAGUGCUCCAGGCAGUGCAGCAGAUACCCGGAGUUGGGAAAACCAAAGCUCUGCUUUUACUGCAACGGUUUGGAAGCAUCCACCGGCUUUGUAACGUAUCCAUCAAUGAGCUUGAGGAAGUAGUUGGACAAACAGUAGCACAACAAAUUUAUACUUUUUUACGUUCCUGAUGCGCAUGUGCAGUGGUCUUUUGCAAAACUUGGGUUUUUUCUUCUGAAUCAUAAAAUUUUGGGUUUAGUAAUCACAUAUUAUGCUAAUUUCCAUAAUCAUGGCUAGCAGCAACUGGUGGAUGUUGACUAAUUGUUUAGACUCUGAUGCUUCUUUUUUACAUCUGCUCUGUUCAUAUAGAUUAAGCUGUGAAAAUUGCCUUGGAGAGAAGGCUGUGAAGUAUUUUGCAUCUAUCUGGAACAAAAAACCUAAGAAAGCUGCCUUUUUCAGCAUCUGUGUUAAAAAAUGGAAGAGCAAUAUGCUUGCUUACUUUGGUCUUCCAGAACACCAUAUGAAUAUGUGCAUAGUAACUUCUCAGUAACUGGAAAUAUGUUACAUGCUUUUAAAAAGUUAGCAUAUACUACUUUACAGUAACAUCUUUGAUUUUUAACCUUUUGGAGUUCCUUUGGAAAGUCCUACUGCAAUACAGGUUUGACUUUACACUAAUUUAUUUCUCUCGUUACCCCUCCAGUUCACAGGAUGUUAUCAAAUUUAUUCCCAUCUGAUAUCCAAAAUCUUUGUUAAUUCAUGUUGUCCUUUUGAAUAUAGGUUGGGCUACUAAUAAUAAAUUGCAAAAUACUUGGAUAUAUUAAUUAUAACUUUUAAUAUGUUGAUUAUACUAUCAAUUAUACUACAAUAUACACUAUGAAGAAAAUAAUAGGGGAAGCUUUGAACAAAAUUCAUACUACUCUUCCAGUAUUAAUAUUUUGAAAAUUUAUUUGUGAAGAGGAUUGGUUUUCCUGGCAGCUUCCAUUUUUUAAAAGUUAUAUUCUUAUCCUCUUUUCUAAGGGUAGAAUUGCCUUUUUCCUUGAGGAGGUGUGUGAAAAGCAUCUUUCAUACCACUUGGGAGUUUGGAUCACAGCAGGAAAGCAGCUCAGUAGGAUUUUCAACUCCCUUUUGUGGGAGCCUUGGCACCUCUGUAAGUCAUCUCUUACACUGGUUAGCAUGGACAGCCGAUAGACCUGUUUUUUAUAUUGAUUCUGUCCUUGGGAUGAAAAUUUGUCUGUAACUUAGAUAUAGUUAUUUCAUUUAGUGAAUAAUAAACAUCAGAAUUUCCAAAAGUACAGAAAAAGAUACUGCUUUUUUUUCAGGCAACUAGGGAGUACUUAAGCUUCUUUAUACAUGGGUUUGCUUAGAUUUUAUUCCCUCUUCUCUCAAAUUUUGUCAGUUUGCUAUGAAGACUGGAUUUCAUGUCUAAAGCCAUGUGGCUAUUAUGUUGCAAGACAAACACCUUUUUCCUAUGACAAACGGCCAUCUGCUCAGUGCAUUAGAGUUCAGUUGAAGUAGUAACAAUUACCAUUAAUGGAGUUAGAGGCUGAACUACUAAUCUACUGCUAACCUUUCUUUUUAGGGCUUUACAGCAACAUUAUACAUCCUUGUGGGUAGACUUGUUACAAAAAUUCCUGUGGUCUGAGCAAGAUAAAAGGCACACACUCAUUUCACUGCAAGUUAAGUUAGCUGUUGGCUACUACUCAGUGUAGAAUGAAUCUUUCGUUACCUGUCAGAAAACUAAGAGUAUUUCUAUAUAUACUAAGAGUAUUUGUCCAAAUUUUUACUUGAGUUGAGGGGUGUGUUUUAAAAAGCCAAACUUUCCUCAAGGGCAAGUGAGUGUGAUGAUGGGAAGGGAAAGACAGUUAAUCAGGAGCUAAGAGGGAAAGUAGUUCCAGGAAGACUUAUCAUAGUGGGUUAAGAGAAGUGAAGAGCUGGAAGGGUGAUUAGUGUUACUUUGCUAAAGGUUUUGUUACUUCGAUAGCAAUUUCAGCACACAUGUGAAGUCAAUCUCAUCUGUCUGGAAUACUGUAUGGCAGGGGUGUGCAGAUCAGUAUCUGACUGCUGCUGCUUGUGUGUGUAAAAACACUACUACCACUACACACAAAAAGUAACUACUAAGGAUAGGCAAGUCACAAGUAAUUCACAACUUAUUUUUUAUGCAACCUUUAUAGGGAAACUAGAAAUAUGUUUAUACUCUUUGUAAGGCAGUUGGUUUUAAACUCUUAAGUUUAUAUUGCACAAUACAGGAACUUCUCUUUGAAGUUUCUCAGAUCUGCGUAAGCAACAUUACAGAAACAAACACAUGGUCUGGCAACAGUAAAUAGCUAAAACCUGUAAAUUACACUUUAUCCUCCAACCUGCAGCAGAAUCAAAAAGCUACUACUAAAUGACAGCAUUGAAUUUUUAUUCAUAAAUAAGGGUCAUCAAGAUAUUUACACCUAUUACACAAGAAACUAAAAAUAAAUGACAACUUUAAAGUUUACACCAAGAUGCAAAUUUUUGUUUAAAGUAUCUAUCUCUCUACUCUGUAGAUAGCAAUGUUAACUAACACUAAAGUGUUAGCAAUUUUCAAUUAAUUUCAAGAAAUAGAAGAUUCUCAAAGAAAUGCUCACCAGUUAUUUUCUGUCCCCCUCCCUACUAUAGAUAGAGCUUGCUCGUGAAUUGUUUCAAGGGUGGAAGGAUUUUUUUGUUGCAUGAUGUGAUAGUAAAUAAAUAUUCUGCCACUUAGCACAAGCACUUCUUUUUUCAUAUUUUAAAGCAUCACUGCAAUUUAUGUGCCUUUGAAUCAAUAUAUUAUAAUAUGUCCAUUUUGAGAUUUGUUUCACAGCUAUCCAUUUUAUCAAGGCUAGUGAGGUACAAGUCUUAAGGUAAGUAGGUUAAAUAAUGUUUGGAAUAAAGCCUGUUUUUAACAACUGAAUCUGCAGACAUUUAAAAUGUAACCUAAAUCAGAAAAAGAAAAGAGUAAAAGCCUUUUGGAGUUCAAAAGAUAUUUUAAAUUUUAAGCCUUCUAAUUCUCUUCCAAAAUUAAAUUACCUAUUCAGUAGACUACACCUAGUACUCUGAGGAAGCAUCUCUGUAUAAAAACACAACUCUAUGACGCUGCCCCUUGGCACAAGACUAGUUUCUCGGAAUAACAUUAUUCCCUCUCACCUGUGGUUAGUUAAGAUAAUUCUUUAAAGUAGUGUUAAGGGAUUUAUUAUUGACCCUAAAGUUUAAGGGCAAAAUCAUUCUUUAAUGUGUCCCCUAUUGUUUUGCAUUCAGCAUCAAGUUUGUAAUAAAUAACUCCCAUCUAGCAUAGUUAUAAAAAUCAGUCAUAACUGUAUUUUGAAAUUCCAAAGAGUCCAGUCCUCAUUGUCGGCAAUUCUAUAAUCUACAUCUAGUUAUUGCAUAUCUCCCAAACCACUUCAUUCUAACCUUCAAAUACUUAAGUUUUACAGUUUCUGCCAGCUUCUGACCUUCUCAUGUGGCUCAAUGCACAGCAAAUGAAGUCAACAGUAUUUAUCUGAGUUUAUACAUAUGCAUAUGAAGAUAAAAUUGAUCAAUAUUUUCAUAUACAUUUUAAACAAAAGUCACGUUAACAGAUCCUUCUGAAAGAUUCAGUACAAUGAACUUUCUGUAUUCAAAAGUGUGAAGGGAGAAAGCUUCUUCUUAAUCUGAGAACUUCCAGCCACAGCUGAAGGAAGGCAGAGUGUACUUGCAGCUUUCUGUCUAUUUUUAGUUCCCCAACUUAGAAAAGGGAGUUUUAGUGGAGCUUUCUUGGUCUGAUCAAUUUUAUCCUCGUCCAUGGCUAAACAGAUUAAGGAGUAUGUCUUCUGCAUUCCCAUAGAGUAAGUUGCACUCUUGCUAUGCUGUAGGAAAAAGAGAAGCAUUGUAAGAAUCAGUCAUCCAAAAUGGGUCAAAAUUUUGACAGUAACAAAAGGUUACUGUGCAAAUAGUUUUCCAGGGCAGACUGCAGCAAGCUUUCUGUGCUAAUGACAUUACUAACUGAGCACAAGGCCCUUCAGAGUGCUGUGAUCCUGGUAUUUUGCACAUGUAGACUCAAGGGUACACUCUGCAAAGCAUAAAGGAACUUGUGAAUCUUUUCAUGGAUUGUUAAACAUUUACUGGCUUCUAGCAUAACUAUUUAUACACACGCUAACCUCCCUACAUAGCUCAAGUAUGUAGUUCUUGCACAAAUCUGAAGGGGAGUCCUUUUGCCACCUUUGGACAGGUUCUAUGUUGAUCACAACUAUAAGAGCUCUUGUGUGACAUUCUCUUGGAAUACCUGAAAGGCACAGCCUUCUCUUUCUUAUCUUAGCUUUGCCCUGAAGGAAUUUGAUUCUAUUCUAGCCUAUUCUUUCCAGUUGCAACUUGGAAUGGCAGAGGUGUAAUUCCUUAUUUUCAAUACGGAAAAUCAAUUUAAACAAAACAAGAAAACCUAACAGCAGCAAGGGCACCUUAAUAGCUUCUAAGGCAACACUACUUGAGUGUCUAAGCUGGCCAGGGAAUGUUAAAAGCAUGGAGUGGAUUUAGCUGAGCUACAGGUUCUUCCACACAACUAGUAAGUUAUUUAGAGCUUAAUAUUUUUUAAUCUUGUGAUGACUUUCCCUUAGUCUACAGCUUCUAUAGUAGCUUAGUAACUGACUAGACAGUUAAAAAUCCACCAAAAAAUACAUACAUUAAUCCAUGAUCUAGUACAAAAGUCAUAGAUCAUUUAGAAUAACAAUGCACAGAAAAUAAACAUGUGGUCUUGGAUUUUCUAUUUCAUUCCAUUAUUGUUUAAUUGUGGUUUUUUCAAUGCUAAACAGGGUAGUGCCUUCAUCCUCUGGGACAAGUUAGGGGAAAUAAACUAUGUCUUCAAUUUUAUCAUGCAAUUAAUCUAAGUAACUCCACUACAAAAAAGCCCACCACCCAACCAUUCUUAUGCAGACAGACUACUUUAGCUUGCUAGGUCGCAAUGGUUUAAACAGAUGGUUUAAAAGUGAACACAUGUCUGAAGGCUUUAAAUAUUCACAGGUUGAGUGGGAUAUCUGACUGCAUGGAAGUAAACAUUAAUCAGGAACUGAAUGCAGGCAAGUGAAAAAACUCUCACAUAUCAAAUCUGCAAAACAUAUUUCCCUCAUUACAUACCAAAGAUGCCGCUGUAUCCUGGCAACUAAUAACAUCAAGCUCUAUGGGCUGCUUUCCCACACUUUUUAAUUUUUCCAGCACCUCAUUCACACCAAGCCACUUGCAAUCCAUGCCACCAACUGAAACAAUGUAGUCACCUUCUUUUAGGCCUGCUGACUGUCAAAAAAUUGGGCAAAGGUUAUUAUCUGGAAUUAUAAAGACACGUGAAAUGUUUUUGUCAUCAUACAGUAUCUGCCCCAAAGGCAUUUCACUCUUAGAUGCUACAAGCCCAUUCUCUAGCCACACAUGCACAACUUUCCCAGGUACACAAAUUACCUUUUGAGUUACCAUUGAAGUGAUUCUGGUAUUCUCAAGUGUUGGCUGUUUUUAUGUUCUUUUCACUUUUCUUCUUAAGUAAAUGAACCCUAUGCUAUGCUAUUGUCCCCUACAGGACACUGCAUUUUCUGCAGUGUUUUACUCUUUUCUCAUUAUUUUUAUUUGUACUUCUGUGGAUACUUCUGCCCUAUAGCUAAACUGCUCAUUACUACAUGCUGCUUUAUCCCUUUGGAUUUUCCCCAAAAGAACAUUACAAGCCAAUAAAAUGUUCUUGCCCCUCUUUCCUUAGGCAGAUGCUACACCUUGCAUUCCCUUCCCGAUCCUUAUUCUUGUUGCUACUUUUUAAAGCAUUUAUCCCUUCUAACUUCCUGAAUAAGACAGGAAGUAACAUUUGCUUUUAUUAUUUGUGACUUUUUAAGAAUGAACAGAGAAAGAAAUCAACUCUGUUUCAUGUAAUGUCAGGGAUAUGAUUACUUCAACAAUCUACAGCAUAUAUAGCACUGAAAAUGCGUUCAGAUUAUAUGAAUUGACUAUACUAAUAUAUAGAACUCAAUAAAUACUCCAGACACGAGUAUGAACAAGCGAAAGGUACAUUUUAAUGCUAGAGUCUGCAGAGAAAUUGUUAAUAUCACACCAAUAUACUUACUGCUGCAGAACAAACUGGAUCAAGACAAUAAACCUGUACUGGUGAACCUCCUUUUAGACUGAAUCCAAGCUCUCCUACUUCAUUGUGAAGGCGAAUGGUACGUGGAGCCGUCCAUCUCUGCUUGGCUGAGAACACUGUCAGUGGGCCCUGGAGGUAACACAACAGCAGGCAUAUUAUGGUUUACUGUCACUUACAAGCAAGCAUUUCUGGUUUUGUAAGUCAUAAUGCUUUAAGCUCAUCUAGUGUAGAUUUUUACUCAGGUUAACUUCCAGCUAAUUCCCCUGAAGUACUAAAUCCUAUUUCUUGACUGUUCAGUUGCUACUUCAAACAGAGUGGGAUAAAGGCAACCGCCAAGUUGUUCCAGGAUCUCUAUUACAGUGUGCAGAAUCUUCUGGCUGCACAGGCUCUAAGGUCCUACAUUACUCCAUUUCAGAGGAGAUAAACUAAUUCAUGAAACAUUGUAUAUUCUGAUCCUAACCAUAACUCCCAGUUCCUUUUGCUCACUGACACAUAGACACCUGAAAGACUGGCUGUGUCACACACAAGUCACAUGUUCUCCAUGCCUGUCUCCACAUACUAUGUAUUUCUCCCCCCUUUUAAGUUGUGUGCAAUUAUCUAUUGAGACUUCAUGGGACUUUUAUGAAGGUUUUCAAGACUGAAUACCAUGCAAGCCAUAUAGAAAUGGCACUUUUAUUCUUUGCUGCUCUUGACUUAUACCUCUAAAGCUAAGGGUGAUUUCUCCAAUAACUUCUGAAAAAAACCCAGUUACUACGGGAUAAUUUUUUCAGGCUAUAAUACCUGUGUCCCUUCCCUCAUGUUAAGAGUGAAUUUAUAGUUGCUAUCAAAAUGGCAGAGGUUGGUCAGCAUUAGUAUGUUACAUACCAGCUUGUGAAAGAAGUCUUUAACUUUCACCUUGGAAAACUGAGGAGCAAUUGUUCCUACUUUAUGUUCUGUUUUAGCUAAAACAAAAAGAAAACAAAGUUAAAAUUAAGUAUUAGUUAAGAAACAUAGAAAUUUAUUUUUCUUGCAUUCCAAGCUAGAUAGGAAUUUGUCCUAAAUUCUUCCUAGACUGUGGAAAAAUUAAUUUUGGUGGGAAUUUGUCAGACAGAUAUCAGAACUGCCUUAAAAAUAUUUUCAGAGCUCACAGUAUCAAUACAGAAAACUUUUAAAAAAUCCAUCUGAACAAAGCUGUGCUAUUCCCAUCGUUAAUUUAUUUCUCUUUGAGAAGUUUUUAAAACCAGCACUCAUAAUUUCCUACUGCUUCCAAACAGGAAAAAGUGUAUGAACUGGAUUAAGGUAGAAAAAAAAAAAUAGCAGUCAAAUUGAGCUAACAAUCCAGACUAAUACAAGAGUUGGGCUCAAGAAACAGUUACUACCAUUUUUCCCCCAUAUAAUUUUAACUUUUAAAGUUUCCCCAUUUUCCCUAGGUCACAAGAUAGUCACCAAAAAAAGCUGGAUUCUAACUAACCACCAUCGUUACCUACCCCAAAAAACAGUGUUGCUUGAGACAGGAACACUGUAAAACAGUUCUAACAAAAUAUAUUGAUCAAAAUAUAUUGAUCUGUGAUUGAGGAAACGUAAGAAAUCUGAACUCUACAAAUGUACAGUAUAUGCUUACACAUUAUUUAUGUGUGGAAACAUAUUAUAUAUGUAUUCAUAUAUAUAAAUUAAAGGCAUAUCCCCAUGAAAGCAUAUUCACGUAUGGUUAGACAGCCUUUAUUUCUGGCUGUGUACACCUACGGAGUAUAUCUGGAGCCUGGAUUAGACUUAGAAAAUCAUCUUCUGUCUCUUGCUGAGCAUAUUUGAGAAGUGAACGCUUAUGUGCAGCUGUCAGAACCUCCUGAAGAACCUCAAUGUUUCGAAGCUUUUUGCAUAGCCCACAGACUCUUAGAGCUUCUUCAUGGUAAACAAUGGCUUUGCGUAAAUGUGCUUUCCCUGAAAACAUUAGAAACCAUUGGUUGUCAUCCACAGACAAUAAAUACAAGGUAAUUUUCAAAUUGCAGCUAGUAGCUGUGUGAAACUUGCAGUUACCUAAUUGUUUUCUCUGAACUUUGUCCUUUAAAACAGCAAGAACCAUCAGCCCUUCAGGCACACAGUCAUACAGCUGGGACAAAGCUUUCUCCUGCUGAUCUUUGUCAUCGCUGGGCUGCACUGUAAUAAUGGAUAAAAAACAUUAACCAUACACAUCUCUUUGUCUCCUGUUCCUUUACGUGUAUUGUUGUGUAGUUAUUACUACAUUCUCUCCCAAUGCAGUAUAAUACUUAUAUAUGUGUAUAUAAAUAUAUAAAUUUUAGUUUUGGUUUUAUCAUCUACAAUAUGCAAGUAAUACUUACAUGCCAGAACAUAUUGAUAAAAUCUGAACUAUUUAGUAGCAUAUAAGGGAUAUAACUUUUCUUUUGUUUCUGUAAAAGUUAGUUUAUUGAACUUUCACAUUUUUCUCAAAAAACAAAAAGAGCAUGGCCUCUUUUGAAUGGAGAAAAUGACCACAAGUUAACAUAUAUUGAAGCACCAAAGUUCUUGUCUCCAAGACUUAUCCACAGACCAAAUUAUAGCUGUUGGUGCAUUUAUUAUUUUUAUUUAUAUGAACAUAUAAAGAAGUAUGGUUCUUACAUUCAUGGUCACACAGAAUGGUGGCAAUGAAGUAAUGUGCCAGAGCUUUGUAAUGGUCUGACUUUAUUUGUGCCAGCUUAGACCAGGAAUAGGGAAUAUUCUCUUUCACUGGUUCCUGAUUCAUUGCAAUGUUAACCAGCAUGUAAACCUCUCCCACCUAAAAUAAAGCACAUAAUUGAAGUAUGAGAACUUUAAUACUAGGUAUUAGGAACUCAAGUAAGGGAUAUAACAUUCAGGCUUAAGAUAAUUUCAUGUGCAAUCACAUCAAAGAAGGAAAAAAAUAUGGUUAGUAUGGGUUGGAAAUAAGUUUGGAAAAAAAUUUGAAAUGUCAUCUCAGAUUUUUCCCUCACAAGAAACAUAAAUCAAUUUUGUAGAAGAACAGAUGGACUAAGUCAGUCAAUCUAUAUGGCUUCAUAAUUAAAUAAAAACACCAUAUAAUAAACAGGUCUUAAUUUACAAAUAUAUCUCAUUAAUUCAGUUGAAAAAAAGGGUGAAGCAUAAUCAAACAGUAGAUUUGUGCUUCACUUUGAAACUGUGGAGUCAUACAUAGCCUUAGGUUUGUGUGGUCUAGUUAAAACUGGGAUGUUAUCCUUUAUACAGAGGAAAUAAAAUAGUUUUUCAAGCAGUGAAUGCUGCUUUAAUGGAUCAAACUACUCCAACUGACAGAAUCAAAAGAUCUUUCCCCUGCAGCUGAUCAAUCCUACAGAAAUGUCAGGGUGGCUUUACAGGGUUGCUAUGAAAGGGUUUGCCUGUUUUUCUAUUAUGGAACUACUUAUGUAUCUGCUACUCUGAAAUAACUGAGAAAGCAUAGGAAUAUCUUUGUGGCAUACCUCUUUUUUGAUACAUAACUCAGUCAAGUAUUAACACUACCUUCUGGGGCAAGCCUAUCUGCCCAUUUUCUGGCAAGUCCCAAGAUAGCUCUGCAGGUACCAAUUUGACUGUCAUCAUCCUUGCCUCAGUAACAAUUUAGUUACUCUUUCAGAUUAAGCUUUUUAGGUUUGCAUCCCUUUCAGCUACUGGGAAGCAAGACAGGUUGUGUUCAAUACUUAACAGGGAACCACACAAACAACCCUGGCCUUUUAUAUGUACUUCUGGGGAUGAAAACAGUACUGUUUGAAAGACCAACAUAAAAAACUUGUAAAAAACCUUCAGCAAGUUCACUGCCUGAGUGUUUCAAGAUAUUUCUGUUAAACUCCAUGAAUUAUGAAUUAAAUAAAUUGUAACAACUCUAAAGUAAUAUUUAAAUUUCAUCUAUUCACGUUUUAAUCUUCUGAAAGAUUGUGCUUUUCACUGUAGUUUGUGAGCUGUCCCUUGUUAUUUUUGGUUUUCAGUAAUGGUUGUUAACAUUUAAAUUUAAUAAAUUCCGUUAAUAUUACUAAAAGCUGUAGGUAGUAACACAGCAUUGUAAACAGUUAUUUUAAAGACUAGAUUUAAAAGUCCCGUAUUUUACCUUGGCAACUUCCUGUGUCAUUUUUACUAGUGUGAAAAACUCAUUGCGUAUUCCAGAAAGACCAAUCUGCUCAAAAACACACUCUUGAGCUUGUGCAAGCAUCAUUUUUACUAGUACGUUCAGCAUAGCUGGGCUCAUAUCAUAACUUGGUGUGUGAGUAAAGGUCUCCUUUAAGUAGCUUAGAACUCCUGUAAUUACAAAAUGGUUUUGUCAGCAUUACAAAGAGAAACAAGUGAACUUAAUUCUAGCAUGUACCAUAAUAAUUAGGAUUGAAAGCAUAUUUUCUAGUACUGUACUACAGCAGUCUGAAGGGAUUCUUGGUACUUAAGAAGUUAGACUGACCUACAGGUUUUCCUUUGCAUUGCCAUCAACCAUCCCCAAGUACAGUUCUCAAAAUUACAUUUCAGAGGAGCAACAGAAACUGAAAGUUUUGAUGGCACUGCCUUCAGAUUUGCUUGUAAAAGUUCUUGUGGUUGACCAUAAGACUGUGCUGAACUGAAUGUGACUUGUAUGUGGGAGUGGUAGGCUAUGGCUUAUCCAGGGAACAAAGAAGAGAAAAAUCUGCAUAGCUGUAAGGAGAUGACAGUAUUAGAGCCUCUGGAUAGAAGGAAAAGACACAAGCAUAUAAACUUAAUGAAAUAUUAAUCUCCUCCUCAAAUGCUGCUAAGUGCAUUGUGUGUCCCAGUGAAAGCUCCAUUCCAUGCCUGUAAACUAGAAUUUUUAUUUACACUUAUAAAUAUAACAGGGUAAAAAUAAGAUUCUUCUCUAGACAUUUGGUUCCACCAAAAUAUUAAUAAUUUCUAUCAUAUAUCAAAUUUAAAACAAACACUAACUGUAGUGCAAUACUAAGUAACAGUUUCAUGGAUGGAAACAUAACCUUCAGUAGGCAUGCCAUCCGACUGGUUUAGUGAGUUCAACAAGCUUGCUAAUGCUGACGAUCCUGCAAAAAGUCUAACAGUAAGACCUCUGCCUUUUAAGUAUUCCAGCUUCUGUAAUCUUACUUCUUGCCACUACACUCAGUUCUGGCCAUGUUGUGCAGUAUUUUCCUACUAACGGUGUCUGUGAUUUUUGAUUUUUCAUGUUACACUUUUAUCUGAAUUUUUAACAUGCCAUUACACAAAUUUCAAAUAUGGCCAUGCCUACCUUUUUGCACUAAAAAAAUUAAUCCCAGACUUACCAGGCAUAUCCCAAGUACUGAUGGAGUGCCCUACUGAAAGGGACCGAAAGUAUAGGAGGAAAAAAUUAUGGGGUUUUUUGUUCUCAAAAUAUUUCAGCUUAUAUUGAGGAUAAAUUCUGUGCAACAUCUUCCAUUCAACACUGAGAAACAGUUAACACAGACUCUGUUAUCAUGCUUCUGCCAACACAAUGAAGUGUUACGACACCAUGCACAGGUACAAUGAAAUGCCUCCUGCACAUGGGGCCCUGCAAAGGUACGUGGUAGUAAAUAACACCUUUCCACUUUUGCAUUAAUUCUGUUCUGCAAACAUGUUGAAGUGAAAAGCAGUGAUUUUUUUUUUAUUUGCAAAAUGGAAGGAGCAGCAGUAAUAUUGAGAAAUUUCCCAACUACUGAAAUUUCUUUUAGAUGAAAUACAAAGGUUGAAAAAGAAUUUAUUUUAAAUAUGCACGAAGAAAUAUUAUAAAUUUUUUUUGACAGCUGUGUAUUCAAAGGAGGGGAUUUAUACAAAUUCAACUCUGUGCUCCACAGUUUUUAGCUGAUAAAGCUACCCAUACAGUGCAAACCAAUAGCCACAUAUUGUUAGUGCAGAAAUAAAUCUUACAGUACAUAUUAAUUACAAAGGACACGUCUUUAAGUAUUAUGUGUAGCACAGAUGAUACUUACAAAACAAAUUAGAAAACCUAUUUAAAAGCCCCCAACAAAACCAAAAGAUUUUGUAACAUAUUAGUUCAAGGGAUAGGAUUCCCUUUAACGGAAUUUCUAUUUCUCCUUGCUUGGGACAGAGAUUGAUUAUUUUGGACCUGUUUACCUUUGGAAUCUAUGGAAAGCAGGUAGUCAGCUCCCAGUGAAUUUCAACUUUCACCAGAGAAAAAAGCAAGAUUAAUUUUUAAGACCCCCAUAUAAAAAACCAGGCUUAAAGGGUUUUUAUCAAAGCUGUAAAUUGUCUCUUGUACAGAUUUGACACCAAUGUGCUAUCACUGAGGUAAAAGCAGUUAAAAGUUGGUGAAAGAAGGAAUGAAGCAGUUAAUGCUAGUGCUGUAACUUGGACCUUUGAACUGCAGUUCAGUAAUCAUUAACCACAGUAUUCACUAUCUUAUCUGUAUGUUCAGACUACAGUUCCAGGUUUUGAAUUGAAGCUUCACCUGAGCUCUUCACUAGGCUUCUUGAAUGUCCCUGUUCUUCUUUUUUUGUGUAAUGAGCUCAGUAGCAAAUGCAGAAAUCUGUACAACAUCAGAAUGAGAUUGUGAACAUUUGCAUGAAGAUCUUUCCAGUAUUUCAAGAUGUGUACCUGCAGCUUUCUGAAAAGCAUCAACAGCAUUUUCAAGUCCAGCUUGGGUCUGACGAUUGCAUCUUGUUGCAAUCUGGGUGUAGAGAGCUCCAAUGUUGAACAGAACACUAGCUUUUUCAAGCAACAGAUUUUGUUGACACACUGGGACACCUGUAAAGGAAUCAUACCUUGGGAAACAAAAAUUAGAAGAAGUGUUAAGAUUGGCAGAGUCCAUUGAAAAAACAAGUAUUUUCAUUCUGUUUUUCUGAGUAGUGGAAUUCUUAACUGUUCUGCCACAGUGAAAAUGAAGGUGAACAGAAACACCACUAUGUUCUGCAAGGACAGCCCACAUAAUUAACAUAAGCCAGAGAACAGCAUUAUUUGAGACAGUUUUCAGUAGGUUUUACGGUAGUGCCUCCAUAAUGUCAUUAUAUUUAACUCAGAAGUACCUAUAAAAUAUCAGAGGUGAAAAGCAUACCAGGACAGUAUCCAUAUAUGCUGCUAUGCUCUCCUACUUAUAUGUUGCCAAAGAUCAAACAUUGGCAUGGUCAGAUCCUCUACUGUUUGUGUUUAAAGUUUCUAUUUGCAGUUAUGACUAGAAAUUUAACAGUUCCUUUUGGCUACAUGGUAGUCAUGUUUUUUCAUCAUAAAAAUUUUCAAUUCAGAGUCAAAUUUGGCUCACAGCUGUAGUAAAUAUUCCCUUAUAAAAAAUGAAGUCACUCUUUUCUUUCUUCUGGCCCAAGUGGUCUUCUUAACAAAUUGUAGAAGGGGAAUUAAGGUCUGAUUCCAUUCCUUGCCCUCAUUUUGUACACCAAGGUUCAGAAUUCAGAAACAUCUGUAGCUGUCCAAAAUUGAGGUUAUUUUCUCUCUUUCUGCCUUGUGCUAACCUGUAGCCCAAACCAUAAUCUAGUCAAUGGUUUCACUCUAAGCACGAAAAGGGUGUAUUGUAUUCGGGUUUACUCUUAACUUAAAAAAAAAAAAAUUGACAACACACACUGCAGGGAUUCAGGAGGAGAGACACACUGAGGUGCUUCAGAUUAAACAAAAGACAGUUCAUGAUUAACCAGUGUUCUGGGGGGAAAAAAAAGGACUAAAGAGAAAUAUGAACUACACACUUACCACGUAAAUAAAACUCCAAUGUGCCUGGUGGGUGGGAAAAAUCUGUUUUCUACAUAACCAAGUUGCAGGAAAUAGCUUAUCAACAUCUCAAUGCCAGCUUCAUCUCGGCUGGGAGUGCGGCAGGCCUUGAAAUACAAUAGAUUAAAAUUAAGUGCAUACUGUUGAGUUACAGGAUGAAUACCAAAACCCCAAAGAUAAAGCUCUGCUUCCUUUGGACUUCUGCAUAUUAUAGAAAUGUGUGCAAUGUGAGAACAGUAAGCUUAAAGCCAUAUGGAUUCAUGCCAAAAAGUUUUUCAGCUGCACACAAGUAGCACGUAACCUUUAAAAAAGCAAACAGAAGCUGUUUGGCAAGUCUCAAAAUUAGAAUACCUCCAGUCUUUAUUUAAUUAUGAAGGCUACAGAGAAGGCUUAUGUUUCUAGCAUAAUACAGGAAACAAACAAUAGUUAGAAAUACCCACCACUCUAUUACAAUAUUUUGCCAGGUUAAUCCACUUCAACAUUCUUCCUGCUAAAUUUAAAAUACUUUAAAAUAAAAUGUAGUAAGGUAAGACAAGUCUUGGAUCAACAAGAUUUACAAAGUUGUGUCAAUAGCUCAAUCAUUUUGCAUAACCUCAUCUGUUUCUUCACUUUUUCUUUACUCAGAUUAUAAAGCUUUUGAACCAUGGAGAUUCAUGUACCAUGUCACAGAAAUGAAGUCGGCAAGGAAAAGGAGACUCUCAAAGGCUGGCUCACGGCAAUUUAGCUCCACAGCUGCUAGGAGAUAUGCCACAGUAAGAGCCACGCUUCGCUUCUGGAAAAUUUUUCCAGAAGAUCCACUGCCUCAUUCCCAAGCCCAUGAAGCUCAUAGAAGUGAUUUGUUCAUUUUAAUGAACUUUUGAUCAAGCUCCCACUGAACAAUGAGUACGAAACAGCAGUGAUCUGAAACUCUCUGCAAAGAGAAAAAGCAUAAGAGACGUUUCCCUGCACUUCAGGUCCCCAGGCACUAAUCUCUGUCGGAAGGAAAACCAACCCUGGGCCCUAAGAGGACAAGGCACUGACAGACCAAGGUAUCUGUAUAACCUCCAGUGUGCCUGCAAGUGCAGCAAUUUUGAUAAAAGGCUUCUUAUGGAUAGAGGAGUCUGUUUUCAGGAUAUGCUCACCUGUUGCAAGCAUAUGCCUCCCAUUAACUUCACAAGGCCUAUAAGAAAUUAAUAUUUCACUUUUUGGAAAAUGUUGCUUUUUACAUCUCCUGCACAGGGGAUGAGGACACUCAGCUAGUUUGUGUUCAUUUGCAGGUUUAAACUCUUUAUCGUAAUCAAGCUGCCAUAAAACUGAUGGGUAGAAGUCUGUGUAGAAGGCAGCAAAAAUGACCAAUAUGUGAAAAAACCCCACAAGAAAUACACCAUCUGGGAAAGAUACCCCUCUGCAUGAAGCACAAAUUCUGCAUACUAAAGUUAUUUAGCAAACAGGUCCAAACAAGUGCUUAGUUUCAUCUUCCUCCAUGUACAAGAUUGCUUUCCCAAACAGCAUUUCUACAUGGCUCACAUCAGAUAAUCAGUCAUGAUGAACGCAAAAAUCAUGACUGUUUGCCAAGCAAUGAGUAAUAGCAGUAAGUAUUUGAAAUUAACAUAAAUAUGAUUUACAAAGUAUUGGUUUGAACUUUUAAGAUGAGCCACACUGUCUGAAGGUGACACAGAGUUGAAACUGGGUGUGCCUCCUUACUUAAAGGAAAACAUUCCUUUCCAGCCAGUGAAGCCUAUGCUGCUUGUCAAGCCCAACAGUGUACACAACUGGCCAUAUCCUCCAGGGAAAACCCUCCGAAGCCGAUGCCUGGGCCCUGGCCAAGCCCUGGCCCCAUCUAGUUGGGAAGUGUGCCAUCAGACCCAGGUGUUUCUGCACUAAAAAUAUAAACAAGUCACUUUGACUGGCUGAUUUGGGCCUAUAAAAACUAGACUCCCUCUCAGGGCGAUUUUGGAGACUUCACCUAUGGGUAGACACACUGUGUAGGAUCUUCCCAAUUGCCAGGAAAAAUUCUCCAGGUCCUCUCCAGGAAGUGGGGCUCCCCAGCGAUUGCAAUUGUGGACUCUGGAUGACGAUAAAGCAGCCAGGUGAUCUAGACAAUGACCAUGCUGGAAAUUGGCAGAGCUUGAGUUGUCCCAUUUCUUUGUCCCACAAUACUAAAGAUUUUACAGACCUUUUGGCUACAUGGUGGUAGCAGGUGCCUACAAGACAUCUUUUGUCCCAGAGAGACCCAGAGGCUUACCAGCAAAAGCACCUUAGAGUUAUACUGUAUGAAGGGAGAAGUAUGCAUCAACUCCUGCUGUUUCUCAAGUCUGAAGUUCCAGUGACUCGCAUGACUUACAACUAAGCAACAAAUCUAUUUGAAGAAGUGGUUUUAAAUAACACAACAAAAGACAUAGCAAGACACUUCUAUGCCUGAUCUUUUUGAUGAACCAGUACAGAAACAGAUGUGGAAAACUAUGUAUUGGAAAACAAAAGCCUGAAGUCCACCUAUGGCUUUAGGACUCAAUUUCAGCCUUACAUCCACUGGCAAGACUUCCCAAGGAGGUACAGAGAUACCUGAAAGCGUUCAGGGGUGAAGCUCUUUGAAGGAAGGUUUGAACUCUCUGACUUCUGCCCUGAUUUCUGUGCAAAUUCUUCUUGAACAGCUCGUAAAACAACGUGGUUAGGCAAAUUUUGACAUGUAUUUGGUUAAGAGUACAAUGAAAUCCACAACUCCCUCGAUUUUGAUUCAGGAUGGAGUCCGCUUUACACCUUGAUUUAAAUAAAAUCUGUUUCUCAGA